AUGGUCGAUGAUGCCGCGCCAGAGACCCUGCCAGGCCGAUCAAUCCCUUUCGGGAACGACCAGGAGGAUGGCAGAGGGGAUCCAGAGCCUUUGAACCGCGCCGAUGAUGCAGAAGCUAGAGGUUCUACAAGAAGGCGACGGCGGAAACAUCGAAAGAUCAAUCCCGGCCUGGCAAAGAAGUUCGACUUCUUGACCCAAUUACUGCGGAAUCUCGACUCCAUAGUAUACGCAGAGCUAUGCACAUUAUACUACAUGGAGUGCUCCAUCUUCCGCUUUGCAGUUCGCGUCUAUGGACAACACCACUGGCUUACACCCAAGCCUGACGACUACCCAUUGACUAUGGCGGCAGCCCGGUCACAAGUCAUAUCAGUGUUUGUCCCGAACUUGCUAUGUAUCUUGCUACAUAUAUUUGCAUCCCUACCUGUAGCUGGCGAAGCUGCGCGUGGCUAUCUUCACGGCGGCGUCAUCGUCGACUUCAUCGGGCAGAAACCACCAACCUCGAGGCUUGCUUUUCUAGCUCUCGACUGUAUAAUACUGGCUGUGCAAUGUCUCAUGCUGGCUGUCCAUGCCGAGCGAGAGAAGCUACGGCCUAUUGUAAGGCCAUUGCUUUUCCGCCUGCCCCCGGCACUAGAAGAGACGAUCGGCCUUUCAACCCAAGAUCACGACGCCGAAGAGCGGGGCGUUUUGAGAGAUGCACCUGGACUGGACAUGGAAGGCGCAGACAGUGUGGAGCUCCAGUCUCUGAGGCCUAACGGCGAAGCUGAACAUGCCCAGGAACCUUCACGAAGGAGAUCCUCAAGACGACGCUCGUCCUCGAAUGCAGCCAGUGGGAUGCAUUUAUUCGAUGUCUUCAGUUCAGGAAACGGCGAUUUGGGGGAGUUCCACAUAUCGCACACUAUUAGACACGCUACCACUGAUUACUGGGGAGCGGCAGGGCACUCGCUUCAAACCCUGGGUUAUACCGCGACAUUGACGAGACUGUCCGCAAUGAGGAGGAUACCACAGCUAGAACGCAACCAGAGGAAUCAGAGGUAG